GCACAGGGCGUGACGUGUUUCCUGACCUUUCCAUAGAACACCGUUGAACACCGUUACGCUCCCGGUGCAUGCCGGUUAAUGUAGUCCUACAGGAGAAAGAAGCAGAUAACGAUGAGGGGUGGGUCGUGUGGUCCCUGCCUGUGCUCGGAGUGGUGACGUCACCAUGCUUGCCCCCUGUGUCAUGGCAGAGAGAUUGGAAGCCGGGGGUCUGUGACUCUCCCAGCUCGGGGGUCCCUGAGAGAGAGAGAGAGAGAGAGAGAGAGAGAGAGAGUGACAGCCAUUCACCUGCCUGGGUACAGGUAACAACACCUCCUAUACAAUAUGUACCAUAAAUACCAUACAGCUAUAUACCAUACAAUAUAAACCAUACAAUAUGUACCAUACAAUAUAUACCAUGUAUACCAUACAAUAUAUACCAUACAAUAUAUACCAUAUAUACCAUACAAUAUAUACCAUACAAUAUAUACCAUAUAUACCAUACAAUAUAUACCAUACAAUAUAAACCAUAAAUACCAUACAGAUAUAUACCAUACAAUAUAUACCAUACAAUAUGUACCAUAUAUACCAUACAAUAUAUACCAUAUAUACCAUACAAUAUAUACCAUACAAUAUAUACCAUAUAUACCAUACAAUAUAUACCAUACAAUAUAUACCAUGUAUACCAUACAAUAUAUACCAUACAAUAUAUACCAUAUAUACCAUACAAUAUAUACCAUACAAUAUAUACCAUAUAUACCAUACAAUAUAUACCAUACAAUAUAAACCAUAAAUACCAUACAGAUAUAUACCAUACAAUAUAUACCAUACAAUAUGUACCAUAUAUACCAUACAAUAUAUACCAUACAAUAUAUACCAUGUAUACCAUACAAUAUAUACCAUACAAUAUAUACCAUAUAUACCAUACAAUAUAUACCAUACAAUAUAUACCAUAUAUACCAUACAAUAUAUACCAUACAAUAUAAACCAUAAAUACCAUACAGAUAUAUACCAUACAAUAUAUACCAUACAAUAUGUACCAUAUAUACCAUACAAUAUAUACCAUAUAUACCAUACAAUAUAUACCAUACAAUAUAUACCAUAUAUACCAUACAAUAUAUACCAUACAAUAUAUACCAUGUAUACCAUACAAUAUAUACCAUACAAUAUAUACCAUAUAUACCAUACAAUAUAUACCAUACAAUAUAUACCAUAUAUACCAUACAAUAUAUACCAUACAAUAUAUACCAUAUAUACCAUACAAUAUAUACCAUACAAUAUAUACCAUAAAUACCAUACAAUAUAUACCAUACAAUAUAUACCAUGUAUACCAUACAAUAUAAACCAUAUAUACCAUACAGAUAUAUACCAUACAAUAUAUACCAUAAAUACCAUACAAUAUGUACCAUAAAUACCAUACAGAUAUAUACCAUACAGAUAUAUACCAUACAAUAUAAACCAUAAAUACCAUACAGAUAUAUACCAUACAAUAUAUACCAUAAAUACCAUACAGAUAUAUACCAUACAAUAUAUACCAUACAAUAUAUACCAUAUAUACCAUACAGAUGUAUACCAUACAAUAUAUACCAUAUAUACCAUACAGAUGUAUACCAUACAAUAUAAACCAUAUAUACCAUACAGAUAUAUACCAUAAAUACCAUACAAUAUGUACCAUAAAUACCAUACAGAUAUAUACCAUACAGAUAUAUACCAUACAAUAUAAACCAUAAAUACCAUACAGAUAUAUACCAUACAAUAUAUACCAUAAAUACCAUACAGAUAUAUACCAUACAAUAUAUACCAUAAAUACCAUACAAUAUGUACCAUAAAUACCAUACAGAUAUAUACCAUACAGAUAUAUACCAUACAGAUAUAUACCAUACAAUAUAAACCAUACAAUAUAAACCAUAUAUACCAUACAGAUAUAUACCAUACAAUAUAUACCAUAAAUACCAUAUAGAUAUAUACCAUACAAUAUAUACCAUAAAUACCAUAUAGAUAUAUACCAUACAAUAUAUACCAUAAUUACCAUAUAGAUAUAUACCAUAUAAUAUAAACCAUAAAUACCAUAUAGAUAUAUACCAUACAAUAUAUUCCAUACAAUAUCAUAUAGAUAUAUACUAUACAAUAUAUACCAUAAAUACCAUAUAGAUAUAUACCAUACAAUAUAUACCAUAAUUACCAUAUAGAUAUAUACCAUACAAUAUAAACCAUAAAUACCAUAUAGAUAUAUACCAUGCAAUAUAUACCAUACAAUAUCAUAUAGAUAUAUACCAUGCAAUAUAUACCAUACAAUAUCAUAUAGAUAUAUACCAUACAAUAUAUACCAUACAAUAUCAUAUAGAUAUAUACCAUACAAUAUAUUCCAUACAAUAUCAUAUAGAUAUAUACCAUACAAUAUAUACCAUAAAUACCAUAUAGAUAUAUACUAUACAAUAUAUUCCAUACAAUAUAUACCAUAAAUACCAUAUAGAUAUAUACUAUACAAUAUAAACCAUAUAUACCAUAUAGAUACAUACCAUGCAAUAUAUUCCAUAUAUACCAUACAAUAUAUUCCAUACAGAUAUACCAUACAGAUAUACCAUACAAUAUAUACCAUUCAAUAUAUAACAUACAAUAUAUACCACACAAUAUAUACCAUAAAUACCAUAUAGAUAUAUACCAUGCAAUAUAUACCAUACAGAUAUAUACCAUACAAUAUAUACCAUAUAUAACAUAUAAUAUAUACCAUAUAGAUAUAUGCCAUACAAGAUAUACCAUAAAUACCAUAUAGAUAUAUACCAUGCAAUAUAUACCAUAUAUACCAUACAGAUAUACCAUACAAUAUAUACCACAUAUAACAUACAGAUAUAAUAUAUACCAUAUAGAUAUAUGCCAUACAAUAUAUACCAUACAAUAUAUACCAUAAAUACCAUAUAGAUAUAUACCAUAUAAACCAUAUAAUAUAUACCAUAUAGAUAUAUGCCAUACAAGAUAUACCAUAAAUACCAUAUAGAUAUAUACCAUGCAAUAUAUACCAUAUAUACCAUACAGAUAUACCAUACAAUAUAUACCACAUAUAACAUACAGAUAUAAUAUAUACCAUAUAGAUAUAUGCCAUACAAUAUAUACCAUACAAUAUAUACCAUAAAUACCAUAUAGAUAUAUACCAUAUAAACCAUAUAAUAUAUACCAUAUAUAACAUACAGAUAUAACAUAUAAUAUAUACCAUACAAUAUAUACCCUAAAUACCAUAUAGAUAUAUACCAUAUAGAUAUAUUCCAUACAGAUACAUACCAUACAGAGAUAGACAUACCAUACAGAGAUAGACAUACCAUACAGAGAUAGACAUACCACACAUAUACAGAUAUACCAUACAGAGAUAGACCAUCCACAGAUAGACCAUACAGAGAUAGAUAUAACAUACAGAUAUGCCAUACAGAGAUACCAUACAGAGAUAGAUAUAGAUAUAUAUUAUAUACAGCUAGGGGUCAGUUAUAUACAUAUAACAUACAGAUAUAGAUAUAUAUUAUAUACAGCUAGGGGUCAGUUAUAUAGAUAUAACAUACAAAUAUAUAUUAUGUACGGCUAGGGGUCAGUUAUAUAGAAAUAACAUACAGAUAUAGAUAUAUAUUAUAUAGAGCUAGGGGUCAGUUAUAUAGAUAUAACAUACAGAUAUAGAUAUAUAUUAUAUCCAGCUAGCGGGCAGUUAUAUAGAUAUAACAUACAGAUAUAGAUAUAUAUCAUAUCCAGCUAGGAGGGUCAGUUAUAUAGAUAUAACAUACAGAUAUAGAUACAUAUUAUAUCCAGCUAGGGGUCAGUUAUAUAGAUAUAACAUACAGAUAUAGAUACAUAUUAUAUCCAGCUAGGGGUCAGUUAUAUAGAUAUAACAUAUAGAUAUAUAUUAUAUACAGCUAGGGGGGCAGUUACAUAGAUAUAACAUACAGAUAUAGAUAUAUAUUAUAUCCAGCUAUGGGUCAGUUACAUAGAUAUAACAUACCGAUAUAGAUAUAUAUUAUAUCCAGCUAGGGGGCAGUUAUAUAGAUAUAACAUACAGAUAUAGAUAUAUAUUAUAUACAGCUAGGGGGCAGUUAUAUAGAUAUAACAUACAGAUAUAGAUAUAUAUUAUAUACAGCUAGGGGGCAGUUAUAUAGAUAUAACAUACAGAUAUAGAUAUAUUAUAUACAGCUAGGGGGCAGUUAUAUAGAUAUAACAUACAGAUAUAGAUAUAUAUUAUAUACAGCUAGGGGUCAGUUAUAUAGAUAUAACAUACAGACAUAUAUUAUAUACAGCUAGGGGUCAGUUAUAUAGAUAUAACAUACAGAUAUAGAUAUAUAUUAUAUACAGCUAGGGGGCAGAUAUAUAUCUAUCUCAAGGGGCAGUUAUAUACAUUUAGUAGUAUUAUGUUAUUAUUUAUAUAGCGCCAACAAAUUCCGCAGCGCUUUACAGUGGGUGGACGAACAGACAUGUAGUGGUAACCAGACAAGUUGGACACACAGGAAUAGAGGGCUUGAUCAAUGAGCUUACAUGCUAGAGGGAGUGGGGUAAAGUGACACAAAAGGUAAGGAUAGUAUUAGACUAGUGACAGUUACAAGAGAGGAAUCAAUCGGGAGCUAUUAACAGUUUAAUUGAUACUCUUUUAUGAAGAAGUGGGUUUUUAAUGUUUUUUUGAAGGAGUGGAGACUGGGUGAGCAUCUAACGGAGGAGGUAAGCGAGUCCCAUAGGAACGGUGCAGCCCUCGAGAAAUCUUGAAGGCGAGCAUCAGAGGGAGGAGUACGGACAGACGAUAGACGUAAGUCUUCGGCAGAGCAUAAGGGCCUAGACGGGACAUACUUGUGUAUUAGUGAGGAUGGAUAGGUGGAAGGAGCAUUAUGUAGAGAUUUGAUUUAAAUUAAGCCCUAUAUCUUAAGGAAAGCCAAUGUAGGGACUGGCAGAAAGGUGAGGCGUGGUAGGUACAGCGUAUAGGAAGAUGAGCCUAGUAUAACUAGAGAUCAUUUAUUUAUGUGUGUGUGUGUGUCUGUGUGUGUGUGUAGUGUUAUAUAAAGCUAGGGAUCAUUUAUAUUUAGAUAUAGGGGUCAGUUCUAUACAGCUAGUGCCAGUUAUUUAUAUAUAGAUAGGUGCCCUUAUAACAGGAUGUUUGGGUGCUGCAUGCUCAUUUUUAAUGAUUAUUCUAUUUCGUAUAUAAUAUAUCUUUACUAUCCGGAAAGUGAUUAGUCCCUAGGCAUGGACGAUCCCUUACCCUGAUACCUAAUGUGUCUUCUUACACCCUAUGCUGGUACGAUAAUAAUCCCUUUUUAUUAUUAUUUCUCGCUGUUUAUAUCUAGAUUUCCAUUUGACGUAAGCUAAAACGUUUUAUCUUUGCACCUGCAUGUAUAGCACAACGUCGCCCACACACCUUGCUGUAUCAAAACCUGUCUGUGUCACUCAGGAAACUCAAACAUAGCUCUGCCAUGGAAACCAACCUGCAGAAGAGGAAGGAGAGCAGAAAGGCUCUGCGAAUCAAAGUCAUCAGCAUGGGAAACGCAGAGGUGGGCAAGGUAAGGGUUAACAGGUGGACUGCAAGGUGGGCAACGGUACGCAGCGGUUCUGGUGAGUUGGGAAAAUGUUAAUCUGGGACAGGCAAUGGAAGUGUUAAUGAAUGAUUAAUAUUUAUGCAAACCAUAGAAAGUAUAAUGGGUGGGUUAAUAAACAUGCAAUGUUGAGACUGCCCAGCAAAGGUUAAUAAAAGCUCAAUGCUGGGUUGGGGAGCAGUUAUUAUACGUACAGUCCUAGUAUCAGGAAUCGGAAUUGUUCAUGUACAUACAAUGCUGGGAUGGAAAAUUAUUAAUGUGCAAAAUCAAAAAAUGUUACCUGCACACUAUCUCAAAUCCCUAGGUAUAUUUAAAUAAUAGAAGUUUUUUAGUAUCACUGCAAUGACCAUUAGUGUAAGCUCACCUGCCACAUCAAGGUAAAUAAUUCACCUUGCUACUUACUGCUAAAAGGCAAAAUCUCUAAUGAGACAAAAAGUUGAGUUGUGUUUGUUUGUUUAUAGAAACCUUUUAUUAACAUAGAAACAUAGAAUGUGACGGCAGAUAAGAACCAUUCGGCCCAUCUAGUCUGCCCAAUUUUCUAAAUACUUUCAUUACUCCCUGGCCUUAUCUUAUAGUUAGGAUAGCCAUAUGCCUAUCCCACGCAUGCUUAAACUCCUUUACUGUGUUAACCUCUACCACCUCUACCACUUAAGCUGGAAGGCUAUUCCAUGCAUCCACUACCCUCUCAGUAAAGUAAUACUUCCUGAUAUUAUUUUUAAACCUUUGUCCCUCUAAUUUAAGAUUAUGUCCUCUUGUUGUGGUAGUUUUUCUUCUUUUAAAUAUAGUCCCCCCCCCCUCUUUACUGUGUUGAUUCCCUUUAUGUAUUUAAAUGUUUCUAUCAUAUCCCCCCUGUCUCGUCUUUCCUCCAAGCUAUACGUGUUAAGAUCCUUUAACCCUUAAUAGUACACAUGACUGUUUAAUACAAAAGCAAAUAAAAACACACCAAAAUAAGUACUUUUUUUAAAGUCCCACUAAUCUUGGGCGACAGCAUUGGCUGUAGACUUCAUGAGCCCAAGUAUAUAUGAAAAGCUAGCCGCACACUCUCCUAAAUCCCUAUACCCAUCUAAACUUGUUUUUGUUUUGUUUUUUGAUUUGGGCUGAUGAAUACUAUAGCCAUCAAUGCCACCCAAGAGUAUUUGGAGUUUGAGUGCCGGGCAUGUUUCUGUGUGUUCUUAAUUGUCAAUGUAUGCACUGUGCGGGGUAGGUAAUCGUAAUGCACAUUUAAUGCAGAUGCAAACAGUUAUUUAUUAAACUGAGGAUUCAAGAUUAAAGGAGCUGUAUUGGAAAACUCCCACUUUGGCUACAAUUUGAAAUCUCAACAUUUUACACUUAAAGCGACACUAAAGACACCCUGACAACCCAGUGCCCCUAUGUGUUUAACCCAGCAAUGUAAUUACUGCACUUUCUGAGGAACUAGCUCCACCUUUAGUAGCUCUCUUCCAAACAGCCACUAGAUGAGCUUCUGGGCCCCUAACUGAGUUUUACUCUGUUAAACCACGUUGGCCGCCCUCAUGCUUUUCACGAGGACGUCUAAAAUCUUUAAAUUCCCCAUAGGAAAGCAUUGAUUUGCACGGCGAGCACCACAUGUGCAUUAGGUCCCACCAUCACUGUGACGUAACAGGAGGAGUAGGCCUAAGAGUUUUAACCCUUUAAUCAUCCAACAGGGGGAGGGGAGGAAGCACCAAUAAAGUUAGGGACACUAUAGCAUUAGAAAUACAGGUUUGUAUCCUCACCCUAUAGUUUUCCUUUUAUUGAAUAACCCUGCAAGGGUGGAUUAAUGUAUGGACAAUACUGAGGUUGGCAUGGGAAGAUUUAAUGCAUUGCUUUUGCUGAGUAACACAAACAAGGAGUUAAUCACUUGGUAGUACUUGACAUUACAAGGUUAAUGUAUGCAAAGUACUACGACAGCAGAGGUAUGUACCCUAAGAUAGCAAAGGGAUGUAUGGGUGUUUUUAAAGAAAUCGUUAAGAUACGGGCAUUGAUGUGGCCAAAGAAAGUGUUAAUUUAGAAAGUGGGAGGGUCAGUGUCCAGGCAAUGCUUGGAUAAGUAAGGGAAGAGGUUAUGAAUGGGUAGUGUAGAUGCUGAGUAGGGAUAGGGUUAAUGCACGGACAAUGUCAAGGAAGGCAGGAGGGGUUGAUGUUAGAUAGUAAAAAGGGUUCAUGUAUAGGAAUCGAUUUAGCAAACUAGGUCAGGUGUAUUGUCCAGGUUUUGUGGAGUCUGUCAAGGAUUGGGUUUGUCUUUAGUUAAUAUAUUGGCAGUGCAAAGGUAAUAGUGAAAUUAAAGGGACACUCCAGGCACCAAAACUACUUAGUCUUAAUUGAUUUGUCUGAAAGCAUGCCUCUAGUGGCUAUUAAACUAGAGGCAUGCUUCCUUCUUAAGACCUUUGAUACGUUUCAAAGAUCUCACGGUACCAUGACUCCCAACAUGGUGUAUUUGGUGGAAAUGUCUUUUUUUUCACUCAUUUUCCUUUCUAGAAGUAGUUUUUUCUGAUUAGUGUUUAACUAUCUCAGUCCUGGAACGGUCUGUCGUGUUCCUGUCUCAUCCAGUGAAGUGAAGGGAUCAGAUGGCAUAUGUUUUUAAUAUUCACAUCAGAUUAGAUAUUCUAGCGAGCUGCAGCCAUCUGUUUUGUGUUUUAAUGCAGCAUGCAUGGUGGGCGUGCGUGCUUCGAAUCGCGUCAGCAGAGGAGUUAGGAGACGGUUUGCCCUAUUACCAGGGAGCCAUGGCAGGGUACUCCUGGCGUAAUAAUCACUACAGUGGACUGCGGGGGUUCCGAUUGUUGGAUUAACCCUUUAAACAUUUCCACUCUGACUUUACUUUCCAUUUUCCUCUAAAACACUGCCACUGUGGCCAUGUCUAUACUGAGAUUUUAUUAUUCUCUGUGUGUGUCUCGGUAAGAUCAAUUAAACUGAUAAAUGUGUGUUCCAAUGGUAAUCUAACUGUGCCAGUGUCCAGGCACCACUCUCAGCGGACAAUCCACGCUUGGCAGCAUUGUUUAACAGAUAAUGGGGUGCAUACUGUCACGCUAAGGUGUACUGGAGCAAAGAGGACCAUAGGAAAGAAAAGGUAGUAGUUUCUGGACUGACAUUAGCAGAGGCAGCAACACAUCAAAUUGUCUUGUUAUAUUUGACCAUCGCUGCUGUUUCCCAUACUUUCAAUGUGCCACCUCCUGUUUCUCCUACCCAUCUAUAGUGAUUGUUCCCAGGAGUAGGACCCUGUAUCUUCUAUCAAAUUUUGCUCUAUUUCUUAGAUGUAUUGUACAUUUUGUCUUUUACUUGUACCCAUGUACAGUGCUUUAGUAUAAUAAUAAUAAUCAUUACAAGUGCCGGUAGGAUUGGUAGGAUGUCUGCUUUGAAAGAUUUAGACAAUGCCUAGUGAUCUCUACUCUCUAACCCGAAUUCCUCACAUUGCUCGUCCUCUUAUAACGUGUCCUAACGUGUUAUAAGACCUGAUUGUGGACACACAGGGUUAAUAAAUGUUUCCCUACACAGAAAGAUGAUUUCAAGUAAUUCCCAACCCCCCAUCCACAGAUAUACCUGAAAGCAGUCUGACUACUAUGUAAAAAUGUAUAACGAUUGUAUGAAAAUACUCACUUGUACUCUUGUCAGUGAUCUCAAUCUGAUUUAAGGUAUGUCUACCAUAUUAAUUAUGACAAUUCAGAAAGGUUGGUUUGUUCUAAAUUAUUUCUAACAUGUUUAUUAAUCCAUUCAUUAAUGUUCUGAAGGGCAGGUAUUGGAUAAUAAAAUUAGAUGUGUGUGCCUUUUAUUUGGUUCUAUUUAGAUUUCUCACCAUGUAUAAAACCUGUUGUUUGAAGUGUACAUCAUUCAUGUCAGGGCUAUUCACUAAGGUGUCAGUUCAGCUAUUUAGGCAUAGAAAUUUAAUUUAAAUUUGAAUACACCCAAAAGGGAAUACUAUAAGUACCAUAACCACUACGGCGGCAUUGUUCUGCAACAAAAUGUCAAACCGUUUACAAACAGGUUGACACUUACAUGACUCUCUCGAAUCCCAGGUGCAGGAGCCUGGAAUCGAUCUUACUGGCUAUUCAUUAGCUGAGAGCAUCACUGCUCUCAGCCAAUGAAUGCAAUUCUGUGCAUAGGAAUAUAGGCAGUCCGGAACGCUAUUUCCGAGCCUGCUAAUGACACCCCAGUGACACUGCCGGAGGUGGAGUUACACAUUUGCAGCAGUCCCUGGUAAUUCUUAUUAAAGGGACACUAUAGUCACCUAGUCCACUGUAUCUUAAUCUUAAUCCACCUCUAAUGCCUGUCAGUAUGACACCAACUUGAGGCACUUCUGCUGUACUGACUGAGUAAAAUGUAUUCACAUGACACAGAGGCUGCAUGCACAUUAGGUGAUAAUUUUCCUUUAUGAGGAGCAUUGAAUUGAACCACCAAGGAGGAGGCCAUGCUUCCUGUGACGUCCUGGCGGGGGGAGAGGAUUGAACAGGAAAAAGGUGGGUAAAACUUGGAUUUUUUUUUUCUGUAAAUAUGGGACUAAGCAGAGCUAAGGGCCUUCUAGUGUUAGAAGUACAGGUUUGUAUAGUUUUUCUUUAACUAGAAUGCUUUGGAACACAAUAAACUGGGAGCAGGAGAUAUUGCAUACACACAUACUUGAUAGAAAUAGAACACGUGGAAUAUUAAUCCCAUUAUCUCACCUGCCGGCCUUAGCCCAUGGCUAUUGCGGCCCACCUAGCAUUUGCCCAAUGGCCGGUCUGGGCCUGUGUGUCAUCCAUUAUCUCCAUGUACUUUCUUAAAGGACCACUCUAGGCACCCAGACCACUUCAGUUUAAUGAAGUGGUCUGGGUGCCAGGUCCUUCUAGGGUUAACCCAUUUUUUUAUAAACAUAGCAGUUUCAGAGAAACUGCUAUGUUUAUGAAUGGGUUAAGCCUUCCCCCUAAUCCUCUAGUGGCCGUCUCAUUGACAGCCACUAGAGGCGCUUGCGUGCUUCUCACUGUGAUUUUCACAGUGAGAGCACGCCAGCGUCCAUAGGAAAGCAUUGUAAAUGCUUUCCUAUGCGACCGGCUGAAUGCGCACGUGCGCAUUCAGCCGACGGGGCGGAACGGAGGAGGAGAGAAGGAGGAGAGCUCUCCGCCCAGCGCUGGAAAAAGGUAAGUGUUUACCCCUUUCCCCCUUCAAGAGCCGGGCGGGAGGGGGUCCCUGAGAGUGGGGGCACCCUCAGGGCACUAUAGUGCCAGGAAAACGAGUAUGUUUUCCUGGCACUAUAGUGGUCCUUUAAUCAGCUCCAUUAUUUAACCUCAGCAUUCUUCAAGCUGUGACAAUUCCAAACACUGUGCCAUCUGCACCAAUGAAAAUAAAUGGGAUCUGCUUUCCUACUCUCUGUAUCAGUCAAUCAAUCAUUGCUGACUUUUUUUUUUUUUUUUGUGUCGUCGUUUAGAAAAGGCUAGCUUAUAUAGUGUGUGUGUGUUUACAAUGCUGCUCUACUGUGUGUUUGCGCAGAUUGCCGCUUUCCCUGUUAGAGAGAUAAUCUUUCUACACUCAUUCAGGGUUAUUCACUUAAGUGAGAAUUCAAAGUUAAGGUCAAAAUAACCGAACUUGAAUGAUUAUCUAAAUCAGCUAUGCUUUCAGUUUGGCUACUCUGGCCUUAAAUUAGAAAUUUACUCUGAAUUCUCACUUUAUAUAUAUUUUUAAUGGAAAAUUCUUUCAUACUCCCUGAUAUUGCUUUCCCUGUAAUGGACCAUGGCAGUAGUACUCCAGGGUUAGCUCCUCCCAUGACUCCCAUUGGACAGGACAACAUUUUAGCUUAUAAAAGGACACAUGAACCAUGAUAACAGUUCGAAACAAGCCAACGAUCAGGGAGGGUGCUUAGUGCUGCCAUUACCGGAAAAGGAACACAUUGGUAAGUAUUAAGAGUAAGGAGCAUAACUGUAAUCUAUCUUAUAGGUUCAAAUGGGGAACCUUGUAAGGCAUCAAGUGGACAAGUGGCAAAUACCAAAGAGUAGAAAUGGACGUGAUAGGAGGUCUGAACUGCAUGACAGCCUUCAUAAAAUGAGCCACAUCAGAGUUGAGUGCCCAUCUCACUCAAGAUAAGGCUAAAAUGUGGACAUAUUCAGGCUGAGAUCCUUGUCCAGACCAUUUUGCAGAAGCCCCAGGAGAUCCACAGCAGGGAAGGACCCUGGGGAUAUAACUUUGGUAGGUGCACAGUCAGAUUAGAUGUCCCAGAUACGAUAAUAGGCAGCAGAAGUAAUCCGUUUCCUUGCCUGAAGAGUAGUUGAAAUGACCGCAUCUGAAGACCACUUCUCCUUUAAUCACCUAAUUUCAGUCUCCAUGCCAUCAGCUGGAGGGUUUGCGGAGCCGUGUGGAACUAAGGACCCUGAGACAGCAGGUCCUCUCUCACUGGCAGACUCAAGUGGGCUCUCCAUGGAAAGACUACAGUGGGAACCAUGGUUUCCACGGCCAAUAUGAACUGCUAUCACCACCACUCGUUUAUUCUGAAUCCUCCUCAAGAGGUUGAAGAUAAGGGGAAUUAGAUGAAAUGCAUAACCUUUACGAAAAUUACAGGAACAGCUGAGGACAUCCCAACCUUCCGCAAGGGGAUGAUGCUCCUUGGAGAAGAACCUCUGAACCUGUCUAUUCUGGAAGUUGGCCAUAACAUCGAUCUCCAGAAGACCCAAUCUUUGAAUCAACAUCUGAAAGGCCCAUUUUGCUAAAGAGCAUUCUCCUGGCAAGAUUUGGUGACUGCUCAGGAAAUCUACCUUGAUGGAAUCUGGAAGAUAUAGCACACAUAGCCCCAUAAGGUGUUUUUGUGCCCAUUUCAUCAGGGGAAUCAUGAUACUCAUCAUUUUCGGGCUGCGAGUACCUCCUUGGUGGUUCACGUAUGCCACCACUGCAGUGUUGUCCACCUGUAGUUUCACUAGUAGUGUCGAAUUUCCAACUUUAAGUGACACAAGGGCUCCAAAAUUGCCAUUAGUACAGGUAGUUGUUAGAUUCUCCUCUAAGGGAUACAGGACAUUUCCCUUAAAUAUAUAUCUGGUUCACAUGAAUGAAAUAGGCGAAUUUUGCCUGGAUUUCACCCGAAUUCUACCAAAUUUGGUUAAAAAUAAAGGUCACGGCCCCUGACUCGGAAGUACUUACUGCGUUUGCGCAAGGCACCCAAAGAAUGCCAGCAGGAACGAAAAUUCACCUCUGCCAAGUCAUAUAGGAACUCCUCAGCUGCCAGGAAAUCUGUAACCCGUUCCCUUCGGCAGAGAUCAAGUACCCAUAAGGAUUUAUCCGACAUUGCAAAGUUCUCAUUCAUCACACCGCAUUGCUGCUACCCAAGGGUCAGUGCAGGGGGUCACCCUUGGUGAGGCACUGUAUCCAGCAGCUUCUGGGAGAAGAGAAGUUGAACUAAUACCAGUAUAUGUCAAAAAAGAAACAAUAGGAUAACAGAGAAAAUCCAAGGGAAUGUGGAUAGGAAAAGAACCGGAGUAUUGUGGUUCAUGUGGCCUAACCUAACCUAAAAUGUAGUCCUAUCCAAUGGGAGUGAUUAGAAGAGCUAACCCUAGAGUGGCUGGGAAAUAAAUAUACUAUAUAUAUAUAUACACACACACACAUAUACACACACACACACACACAUAUACUCUAUUGCUUAGCUCACAAGAUUUAUUUGUGCAUCAGGUUAUUACUUGUUUAACCAUUUUGUACUUUUUGAAUAACUUUUAAAUGUUGCUUAAAUCUGCUUACUAUUUCAGAGUUGCAUAAUAAAGCGUUACUGUGAAAAACGAUUUGUCCCGAAAUAUCAGACAACUAUUGGAAUCGACUAUGGUGUAACAAAGUAAGUAGUUUUAUAUAUUAUCUGAAAUCUAUCUCUGUUCUAAAAAUUAAAUCUCAUUCUUUUAUAGCUUUUAAUCUCAUUCAUCGCACAGCGUUGCUGUCUUCAUUUCAUUUCAGUCUUUUUUUUUUUUUUGGUUUGUAGAGUUCAAAUGAAAGAACGGGAGAUCAAAGUUAACAUAUUUGACAUGGCAGGACAUCCCUUCUUCUACGAGGUAUGUAAAAAGUAGUGUAAAGGUGAAAAGUAAUGCAUAAAUUAAGCAUUUUUUUUCAUGGUUUCAGAUUAUAUUUUGCUUUGUCUUCUGUAAGCGUCUCAUUGUGAUGGAAUAAAAGUCUUGCAAAUAAAAUUAAAAAUUCAAGCUAUUGCAUAUAAUUCUACGUAUGCAGUGCUCAGAUUACAAGGUUUUCUAAAAUGGGCGAUUUGUCAGAUUGUUGUACUAGAAGACAUUUGUUCAGGCCCCAUGCUCAAAAUUAAAGAGAUACUAUAGCUACUAAAACAUCUUUAACUUAAUGACACCGUUUCAGUGUAUGGCUCAUGGCCCUGCAGUUUCACAGCUAAAUUCUCUGCCAUUUAGGAGUUAAAUCACCUUUUCUGUCCAUGCAGCCCUAGCCACACCUCCCCUGGCUGAGACUCCCACAACCUGCAUGAAAAAAUGGUUUUGUUUUUAAUCAGAUGUUAAAGGAACACUAUAGUGUCAGGAAUACAAAGCUGUGUUUCUCUGCCACCUCCCCUACCCCCUGCAUCCCUAAAAGAGUUUAACUUUUUUCUUUCACUCACCUUAUUCCAGCACUGAAGACCUUUUGCGCUGUCUCCAUCUCCUCUGAUGUCAGAACUGAGGGGGAACCUAAUGCGCGAGUGCACACAUUAGGCAUUGAAUCAAUACUUUCCUAUGGGCAUUUUGAGGAUGCUGUACGUCCGUCCAGUCGUUUUACAGAGUCAAAAUAGCAGGAAGUGCCUCUAGUGUCUUUCUGGUAGACAGCCACUAGAGGCAGGCUUAAUUUUGCAAUACAAACAUUGCAGUAUCUCCGAAACUGCAUUGUUUUACAUUGCAGGGUUAAAGCAACAGGGACAUUGCUCCCAGAUCACUUCAGUGAGAUGAAGAGAUAUGGGUGCCCAUAAUAUCUCUUUAACUUGCUUUAGUUGUUUUUACCUCCUGCUCUGUAAAUUAAACUGUAAUAACACAUGGGACUCAUGUAGGGGUAACAUAAUAAUAAUAAUAAUAAUAAUAAAAGGCUAAUAACAGUGCUUUAGAUUUCUCUUUACAAGAAGUGUUUAUAAACAAAGUGAUGUAAUUCAUAAAUGGCAGAGAACUGAGCAGUGAUACAGCAGGGGCAUGAUUGGUUCACUAAAGCGGCACUGUCAUGGCCGAAUACAGUUUUUAGGUUUUUUUCACCCCCCCUCAUGACUUCACUACAUCUAAUUGUCCUCCAAGCCACCCCCAAAUGCCCCAAGUCCCCCCAUAUUAACUAUUUUUUAAUCUUCAUUUUGUGCCCGAACCUAGGUCCUGGGCGCCGCCAUCUUUCUGUGGGUUGAUGAAGUCCCUGUGGGACAUAUCAUCUUCCUACACUAGAUAGAGCUGUGAAAUUCCCACACAUGCCCAGUUAAACACUUGGGUAUUCGCUAUUGUCCGAAAUGCAGACGGGAUUUUAGUCUAUUCCUUCAUAUGUCAGAAAGACGAAGGAAUGAAUAGAAAUUUCAGAUGAACAAACAAACACCGAAUAUCUUUUUUUAAAUUUUCAACUAUUUUUUAUUUUUAUUUAGGAUAUUAUGUAUUUUUAUUUGCCCUUUUUUGGGGCUGAAAAAGGUUUUAGAAAAAAGACAUAAAAUAGAAAGUAUUUUUUUUUUUUUUAUUUACAGGUAUUUAGUUUUUUUUUUGUCUACCCCUCACUAUUUUUAAGGUUAUGGUGUGUAGGUAGGGCUUUAUUUAAGCUUUUUUGUGGGGUGACAUGGGGCUUGGGGUAUUUUUUAAUUUAGCCCCCACUCGGUACACGGGGGGGGGGGAGGAGGACAAUAGGUUCCCCCCCCACUCACUGCUCAUGGGUGCGGUCUAGGCGGUAGACAAUAGUUCCCCCCCCCAUUGUCUUUUAGGGCACCCCCCCGCCGCUCGUGGGUUGGGGCUCCUAUGUCCCCUGUUGAAUAGCUCCCACUUGAGGGGGGCGGGAGGGACACUGUCCCCCCCACUAGUUAAUGGAUGUUUUAUUUAUUUUUUACAACAGUGAGCAGGUUUAGUAGACAUGCCCCUCCUCGCGGCAUAGCGAUUUUUACUUAGUAUUAGUAAACUUGGCUGAAAGACCAAUCUUGGUCUUUCAGCCUUUUGGUAGAUAACUCCCUAAUUCCCAUGGUAUCAGGGAGCUAUCUACUAAGCGGCUGCAAGAUGCAGCCGCAGCACGGAUCGGAUCAAAAUUGUAUUCAUUCUAAUGAAAUUUCGAACCAACCUAAAAGUACCGAAUGUUGUCUUAACAUGGAUGAACAAACUGUUCUCAUUCUGUUAGGACGAAAUUCGUUAGUUUCGCCAGCGUUCUGUCUAAAUCACAGGACGUUCGAGAAUAGUGAAAGCAGGCAUCGUGAGAUCAGAGGAAAGGGUGAGUAUUGUGGGAAAAUUUCUCUGACCCACCGGAAGUGGGUCAGAGCAGGUCAAGCGUAGAAAAAAUACAUAAGACAAAGUAGUCCCAACUUUGUCUUAUGUUUUAAAGAAAACUAGAGCAGACAGGAAGAAAAGAAGAACAGAUCCCGAGAGAGUGAGAGAAGAGGAAGUGAUUGGGGAAAGGUAAAUUCGGCAUGACAGUGCCGCUUUAAGCUGUUUUGAUGACUACAGUGUCCCUCUAAACAAUGCUCAUUCUUAUAAAUGUAUGAAUUAUGUUAAAAGGUAACUGAUUAUGAUGUAUUAUUCAUAUUUCUUUGCUAUAAGUCUGCUAUGCCCUACGGUCUGCCUGAGAAUAAUGGGAAAUGUAGUUCACAAGUGUCUGAGUUGCCAAGGUUGGCCACACAGCUUUAUGGCAUCUGGGACAGAUAAUCGAGAAUUUGUAGAGAACUUUACCCAUAAUCCCUUUUUGGUUUUUGACUGUCUUGAUUUUGUUGAAUGAACCAUGUUCUUGGCUCCUUGCUAGUACUAAAGUAAAGUACUUCUUUAAAAAAGGGUCAGACGUUGAUUCAAAUCAAAACAGGCACUUGAAGCUUUAUGUUCCCUGUGUCAGUUAUCCAGAUUUAAUUUAUUUUAUUCCACCCUUUAAGAAAACAAAAUGUACCUUCUCAAACAUGGCUGCUGCACUAUUUGCUAACAUACUUUACACUGUUUUUUUUUGUCUGUUCUCUUAGGUACGCAAUGAGUUUUACAAAGACACUCAAGGUGUCAUCCUGGUCUAUGAUGUUUGCUUGAAGGAGUCCUUCGAAUCACUUGAUGCCUGGUUAGCAGAGAUGAAACAGGAGCUUGGCCUGCAAGGAAACAUAGAGAAUGUGGUAUUUGUCGUGUGUGCAAACAAGGUACUCAGAAGUUUAACAAAACCCUCUUACAUCCCACUAAAUACAGCCUGUCACUAUUUUAUGGUAUAAUGUCACUUAUUAUAGACAAUGGCAUGUCAGUGAUAAUUCACUUAGUAAAACAAUAUUCACCAUGUUUGAAUUCUGCAGUAGAUGAUGGACCACGUUUGCAGUGUGCGGCAGAUGAUGACCCGCGCCUGCAGGGUGCGGCAGAUGAUGGCCCGCGCCUGCAGGGCGCGGCAGAUGAUGGCCCGCGCCUGCAGGGCGCGGCAGGUGAUGGCCCGCGCCUGCAGGGCGCGGCAGGUGAUGGCCCGCGCCUGCAGGGCGCGGCAGGUGAUGGCCCGCGCCUGCAGGGCGCGGCAGGUGAUGGCCCGCGCCUGCAGGGCGGGGCAGGUGAUGGCCCGCGCCUGCAGGGCGGGGCAGGUGAUGGCCCGCGCCUGCAGGGCGGGGCAGGUGAUGGCCCGCGCCUGCAGGGCAGGGCAGGUGAUGGCCCGCGCCUGCAGGGCGGGGCAGGCGAUGGCCCGCGCCUGCAGGGCGGGGCAGGCGAUGACCCACGUCUGCGGCAUACUGGUCCACGGCGUGCGGUAGAUGAUGGCCCGCGUCUGCGGCGUGUGGCCAACGAUAUACGGUCCACGUUUACAAUGUGGGGUAGAUGGUCGUCCAUAAACAGGAAUUAUAAUUUCAAGCUACAGAUUAGGGAAACAGCGCGCAUACACACUAUAGCUUUUCAUUUUACACAGCUAUUUCAAAUUCUGUAUCUUUGCAAACAGUAAUGGGGAAUUAGUCACACCAUAUGGCCAUAUCAUGUUAAGCCAGGGCUCGAGUCCUGCAGGAACACGUGGAAACUGUGUUCCUGCACUUUUUCCACAGCACGAACACCGUUCACAUUAGUAGUCCUGCAGGACCUGCCCUUUGAUAUAGAGAAUUAGACCCUGGUUACUGAUGUCCCAUUACCCUCUAUGGAGCUCCCAGUUCUCUGCUCACAUCGAUUGCUCUGGCAGCGCACGCAUGAUCGGGCAGAUCACGUGUUCGGCGGUGCCUGUAGAAGCCGGAAGUGGCUGCUGUUACGGUGAGACUGCAAGCAUGAACCUACUGCCCUGUAAACCGCACGGCAUUGGCCUGCUGUAUGCGGGCUUCAACCAGGACCACGGUGAGAGGCUAGGGGGACAGGGGGUGAGAGACUGGGUACCGGGAAUGGGGGGAACAGAGUUAUCAGAGGGGAUACCUGAGGAGAGAUGGAAUGGGUACAUGAUAAGUAGCCAUUGGAUGGGUGGGACAGGGGAUAGCAGAGAAGGUGAGAUGGAUACAGUAACAGAGUGUACCCGAGAGGUAGGUAUUGAAUACAGAGGCAAAUGAUACUUGAGAGGUUAGGAAUGGGUAAUGUGAUUAGGGCUGGGAAUGGUAAGAUUAGCAAUGGGUGAUUUGAUUAGGGCUGGGAAUGAUGGGAUUAGGAAUUAGUGAUGUAAUUGGGGCUGGGUGAUGGCAAUAAGAAGCAUUCAUAAUGUAAAUGUAAAAUUAGUGUAAGAUACAAAAAAUACCUCAGGGAAGUUGUGCCCUGUUACAUAAAAACUAGUAAUCCAGCACGUCUGAUUCAGUGUAACAAAUUAUCCAUUAUUACCUGUUUUUCUUUCUGCUGUAGAAUUGCUUCAUUACUGCUCGUAUUAGACAAUGUCUAGACAUGUCUGUGUCUUUUUUGUUCUAUUUGGCUAAAGGUUGAAAGGGUUACUUUAACAUUGAAGUAUUGCUGCCGGUUGCCUGUGUAUUAUAAUUUUAUAAAGUUGGUAGAACCCACUGAUAUUGGGAUACUCUGGUGUAGUGAUGUCACCAUAUAGUGUAAGUAAAUUAACUGAUUCUUCCCUUAAUACUAUUAAAAGCUUAUAUUUUAAUUUAUUUCCACUACCCUUAUCUCCAGUUGAGAGCAUCAGUCAUGUUUUCAGUGGGUUACACUUGCAGUAAUAUGCACCUCUCCUGCAUAUCCUUGUUUGGGAAGCACAGACUUGCUUCACACCACAAGUUAAAAGUCCCCAACAGGCCAACACUUUAUGCUGGCUUUGUGUAAAUAAAAUGUAUCCGCUUUCUCCAUUCUCAGAUUGCCUGCCCAUUGCUGCUGCAAUAAAUCAUUCUGGCUGUUUUUCUCCUCCCUCUGUUGUGUUCUCUCACACAAGACCUGACCUUCCUUCCUCUUGCUUUCACUUAAGUUAAUUUCAAACAAGAGAGACACCCAGUGGAGGAUUUCCCUGAUAACAGACAUGGACAGCAAAGCAUAGCCAUCCAACAGGAGGGGGAAAGGGCUGCUUUUUAAACCUCUGAUUUUAGAGAAAUCUAGACAUUUGCCAGCAGUCCUGCUUGUACAAUGUAGAGAUUGCUUGAAUCACCUACAAUUCUACAUUUGUGUGCGAUGAAGAGGUUAGGUGAAAUUAAUAAGGCAGAGGAGGAAAUAAACCAUGUCCUCUGCUGUGUCAGAAACGGGACUGGUCUAUGGGCUGCUGUUAGAAGUCAUUGUCAGCAGGAAGAGAAGGCGUAAUACUACACGCUGAGUGACCUCUUACAAUAUACAUGGUCUUCUAUUCACAGAUUGACUGCUCCAAGCAUCGCUGUGUGGAUGAAAGCGAAGGGCGACUUUGGGCUGAAAGCCGAGGAUUUCUAUAUUUUGAAACUUCUGCACAAAGUGGGGAAGGAAUCAACGAGAUGUUCCAGGUACACACUUUAUUCACAGCUUCUCUACUUGAAGGAUGCCAUAAUAAUAAUAAUAAAUAAAUAAAAAGUCUUUAUAUUGGUAGCAUUCAUUAAAACAGUAGUGCCAGUUUUCACUAUGCUUUUUUUUUUUUUUUUUUUAAUUCAAUUAAUUUAAAGGAUCACUCCAAGGAUCAUAGCCAUUUCCACUCAAUGUAGUGGUCAUGGUGGCCUGACCCAUCCCAACUUUAUUGUAAUGAGAGAAAUCCUUUUUUUGAAUGGUCUGCCUUCUUACCUGGGUUCUGCUUGUGGUGUAUCACCAAAUUAAUAUAUAUACUACACAAGGUUCGUCUACAUUAAAAGGUAUUUAUUAAAAGGCAACAACACAAUAUUAUAAAUGUAUCACAAACACACAGCCCAGACCCACGGAGCAACAACCCUUUUAAAUCUAUCUAUCUAUAUAGUAACCCCUUCCACACACGCUUGAUCUCACCCACGGUUAGGCCUUCACAUCUAGUAAUGGCUCACUGCUGCAAGUUCAACAUCACAUCCACCAAGGAAGAAAAGGAAGCAACAGAGUGUAACAUGGUUCACCAUGCUAGCCCAUGGCGUCUGCACAUCUGCUCUGCAGCACAGCCAAGAAGGAACAGAGAGGAAUGGAGAAAGGGGGAAGUGGUUAUCUCUUUCCUGACUUGUAAAGGUAUUGAAUUACCAAUUAACAUUUCAAAAGGGUAAAGCUUAUCCCACUGUAAGAAAAGCAAACAUGAGCUUGGUCACAUGACCCCUGGUCACCAUAUUAGUUUGAUGACAGAAUGUCACCACAUUCCCUCACUUUUUCUUCUCUUAUGUUGAGCACAUUUAAAAAUAAUAAUUUAUCCCUUCUAUCUAAACUAUGAGAUCUGAAGUAGGAAAGGGGAUCACAGGAAUUAUAGUGAGUGAUAUAAGAAGGGGGAAAGAAAACAGUCAAAUAGGGGUUGCAUCACCCCACAUUCCCCCACUUUUUCUUCUUUUAUGUUGCUCCGUUAUCUAGUUAUCCCUCUAGUACAGGAAAACCUAGUGGGAGCAAAAACCUGAUAUACAGGAGAAAUUCAACCCACCGUCCCUCCGGAAUAGUUCCCUCAGCGACAUAAGUUCUCCUGUACUUUCCUAUGGCUGUCAAUUCACAUGUUAUACAAAGUGUCACAAAAAAACAGAACUUAUAGAAUGUAGGUGAGAGUGUGUGUGUGCAAUGUAAAACUUUAUUGAAGAAUGUGUGAGAGAGCGAGAAAGAGAGAGAGAAACAAACAAAAACAAAAAAACAAAAAAAUCCCCCUUUUCAAGUUUCUUCCUCAUCUAUUUAGCAUGAGUACUAGCAGCAAAGUUUGUAGGACUGGAUGUGAUAUUUGCAGAAUUCCAUACUCUCAAUCCAGUUCCGACUCCUCCCAGUAGAGCUGCAAAUUGUCCCAUUUUUCCUGACACCCUGCUUUGCCUAAAACACUGUCGCCGUUGUUCUGGACACCUUGGAGGAAUAGAAGGAUUAUUAAAAUAUAGACUGUAAUCUUCUCCCUUAUUUGGAGUAUCUUCUGGCCGUAUUGCCUGUCUCCCAUCCCUACUGUGAUACAGCGUAUACUUAUCCAUCCUGUAACAAGGAUCCACUACGAUCUUCUGUUGACACACAUCAUCAUCCUAAUACAGCUUUGCCUUGCUCUGUGGGAACACUAGAUCUCAUCAUUAGAAAGGAAUAGCUAAAUGGGAGACUGGAAGACUGAGAGAAAGAACAAAACAAAAGAAAAACAAACAUACAUAGGAUGUAGAGGACAACAACAGUAUUUCCCUUCCUCAUCUGUUCCCUAAGCACUUUCACGUCUGCCUCCAAUCUCUGUCUGUCUCUUUAUUUCCCAGUAGUCUGUAUUCCCUUCUUUAUUCCUCCAAUUAUCCCAAUUCCGUCUAUUGGUCUGAUGCUCAUCCCAUCUAUGGUUCCUUUUCCAAUUAUUCUCCCUAUAACUGUUCCUGUUGUUUCUCUGUUUUUCUUGCCAACUGUGAUUUUCUGAGUUAUCUCUCCUUUUUAGCCUCUCCCAGGUAUUAUUAUUCCAAUUAUUAUUGAUUACCUUAGGCCCCUCCCAUCUAUUCCUCCAAUUAUCUCCCAUUACAUUCCCAUGGUCCCUGUGUGGAUCUCUCCAUCUUUUGUCAAAGCCCUGUUUUGGUCUCCAGUUCUCAUUAUCCCUCUUGUUCUGGGGUACACCCCACCUCUGGCUUCUCCAUUUACCAUCUACAUCUCUACCAGACUCGACCUUAAAUGUUCUUACAGCUGAAACAGAGCAGGCCUGUUCUGUGAAAGGAUGCUUGAUCCACCACUUAUCAGCUCUAGUUAGUACCAUUUCCAAGUCUGUUGGUGUUGGAUCAAAAAGCCUGACAAAUUCUUGACACUCCCGGGGAAGGGCUUCCAUUACUUUUGCUAUAUGUUCUGGUGAGCCCAGCACUAGAGGCUGUUGAGGUUGGCGUAGAGUAUACCAGAAAAAUAUCCUUUGAGCUACCUCUCUAGGACCAUCUGUUGGCCUCAUGGUAAUAUUUGCUGUUUCUUUCUCUAUACUAAGUAGAUAGAAAUUAGUUGCAGCAAUUCUUCCUGCCUGAUCAGACACACUGUUAUUAAAUCCAAAUAGUCUGCUAGCCAAAGGACCCAUAGCAUAUUCUAACAGUUCUGUCCAUUCUUCUAAGUUAAGACCUCCUUUUUUUGCUCUAUUUGCUCCCCUCAUAAACCAAUGUGUAAAGGUGUUAAAGUCGUCAGUUGGCAUACUUCCCCACCAUUUCUGGAAAUUAUCUUUGUCUGUGAUUGACAUAGUGCUUGUCUGUCUAGAGAAACUAGUAGGCAUUUCUCUUGCAUUAAAGUGUUCAGUUAUUAUUAAAGGGGCUUGUGGGACACAGUUAACAACCGGCGCAUUUCCCUUGUGUUUGGUUCCGAGCACUGGUUCUGUACCUUUACAUAUAAAAUGAGACUGACCUGGGCAUACUUUAGGAAUCUCCUUAUCCCAUUUAUUUAUGUUUUCUUUAGUUUUCAUUUUAUAUUCCAUAACUAGGUUUUGGAGUUCAGUGAUCUUAGCACUAUAUGCAUCUCUCUGUUGUUCUAUUUCCUUUAAUUCCUUCUCCAACCCCUCGGUCAUUUUGUUUGUUCUUAGGGCAGCUAUUUUAAAACAAUCUCUUUCAUCAAGAGCAUCUUCCAUUUUAUUAGUGGUUACUAAAUUAGCUUGCUGCAAUUCGAGUACCAUGCUUGCCAAACCCCCUAUUGCAGCAACAACCGCUUGUGCCACCAAGCUUUUCCUUUUCUUAAUAUGGCAUUUUUUAUUAGUAACAAUCUGUGUCAAAACAUCCAUGAAACCUUCAUAUUUUCCACAAUAGGGGCCUGCUGGUUCUGGAAGCUCAUAUGGUCCAUCAUGUUUGUCAAUGUCAUUCUUAAAGUACUCUAGUACUUCUGCAGAAAAAUACUUAGUACCUAGAUAUGCCAUUUUAAAACCGAGCUCUCCCUAGGUCUUUAAUCAAAAUAGACCAGCAGACUAAGGAAAAAAAAACAACACGCUUUUAACAAUGGGAUUAAUUUAAAAAAACUGAAACUGGCUCCAAAGAGAUUGAACCAUUUGAGAAACUUAAUUACAUUAACCUAUUCAAACAAACUCUUGUCUUUUAAGAAAAAAAACUUCACAGUCUCAAUACAAGUACCAAUGCAGUGCAACUAUUCAAUCUUCCCCUUUAAUCACCAAUACUUUAAAAAUACUAGGCCUGAGCUAUGGUAGUCAAAACCCAAUAAAACUCAACUCAGGUAUUAGAAACACACAAAAAAAACUAAUACUAUAUUGAAAAUUGAGGCCUGAUGCCCAAGCUUGUAUAUUAAAAAGGAGGCACGAACUAGGAUACAAAAGAAUCAAAUCAGCAUUCAAAUACAAAAAGAAGCCGCAUGGAAGCCUACUAAAAUGCAGGGCUAGGCCUGUACUCUGUCAAAACCCAAUAAAACUCAACUCAGAUAUCUGAAACACACAAAAAAACUAAUUAUAUAUUCAAAAUUGAGGCCUGAUGCCCAAGCUUGUCACAAACACACAGCCCAGACCCACGGAGCAACAACCCUUUUUAAAUCUAUCUAUGUAUAUAGUAACCCCUUACACACACGCUUGAUCUCACCCACGGUUAGGCCUUCACAUCUAGUAAUGGCUCACUGCUGCAAGUUCAACAUCACAUCCACCAAGGAAGAAAAGGAAGCAACAGAGUGUAACAUGGUCCACCAUGCUAGCCCAUGGCGUCUGCACAUCUGCUCUGCAGCACAGCCAAGAAGGAACAGAGAGGAAUGGAGAAAGGGGAAGUGGUUAUCUCUUUCCUGACUUGUAAAGGUAUUGAAUUACCAAUUAACAUUUCAAAAGGGUAAAGCUUAUCCCACUGUAAGAAAAGCAAACAUGAGCUUGGUCACAUGACCCCUGGUCACCAUAUUAGUUUGAUGACAGAAUGUCACCACACUGCUGAGCCCCACUCUCCACUUCCAUUACUUUCACUGGGAAUCCAGAUGUUCCUAAGCAGGAACUUCUGUUGGAUCUCCUGAGCUAAGCCCUGCAAUUGAAUUGGACAUUUCUGGCACUUCAGCUGCUGUGAAAUAGGACUUAAGCAAAUCAUUUUCUCAUGGAAGCUGUAAUUCUGAAAAUAUUAAUCUUUGUAAUAUAUUGUUCUGCUAUGCAUAGUAUUCCACACUAGAGGGAGCACUUACCUGAGCAGAUAGCUUCAUUCUCUACCACACUAGUAGGUAGGCUAACCCAGAAAUAUACAGGGUGAUUUACUGAACUGUGAAUUUCUCAUCUAAGGCCAGAGUAGCCAACCUGAUUGCAUAGCUGACUGAGAGGUUUUUCAGUUCAGCUAUUUUGACUUUAAAUUUUAAAUUCCAUUUUGAAUUUACUUUGAAUUCUCACUAUAGUAAAUAACCCUGAGAGUGUGCACAGUAAGGAUCAACCAAUUAUCGGUCUGGCCAAUAUUCGGUAUUUUCGGCAAUUCGGUCUCGGACUAUAGAGAUACCUAUAUUGCCGAUAAUACAUACCAGGACUGCCGGGCCCAAGACAAGCCCGGCGGUCCUGGAGGGCCCGCAGCAAGCUCUUACUUUCCCCAGAAAUGGAAGGUUGGAUACUGGUCUGUAAUUAGCCAUGCAGUCUGGGUCUAAUAAAGGUUUCUUUAAGAGUGGAUUUACUACAGCUUCUUUUAGAGGAUCAGGGAAGUCUCUAGGUUUUAGUGAACACUGCACUAUUUUUGUGAGGGCUGAGGCGAGUGUUUCCAGAUAUAAGCUAAGUUGGAGCAGGGUCUAAGUCACACGUAGUAGGGUGUAACUUUUGCAUGGUUCUUUUAACUCCUUUUAUAUCCACAUUUGUAAAAGUGGACCAUAAACUGGGGCAAUCUGGCAUUUCAUUGUAGUGGUUCUGGUGUGUAACUGUUUGGCCUGCUGUGAUAGAGGCUCGGAUUGAGGAAAUCUUGUCUCUGAAGAAGAUUGCAAAUGCUUCACACUUAUCCCUAGAAAAGUUGGUGGGGAUAUGCAUGCAUGCUGGUUUGCAGAGUCUUUCUACUGUGCAAAACAGUUGCCUGGGUCUAUUGUGGGAGAGUGCAAUUUCGCAUUAUAAAAAUUUAAGAUUUUUUUCUGAGUUCUCUUGCAUUGAUAUUCAUUUAGUUGUUUGGUAAGAGCGGCUUUAUCUUCUGGAUCAUGUGUCCUGCGCCACUUUCUCUUGAAUUUUCGGCCUGUUCUCUUCAUUUCUCUGAUGGUGCUAUUAAACCACGGUGCAUUGUUGUGGGUUUUGACAGUACGUAUGUGUGUUGGUGCAAUGCUUUCUAGGAUAUCUUUCAUGGUUUUGUUGUAGAGUCGGACUAAGGAGCUGGGGUCUUCACAGGUGCCCAUAAGUUCACUUAGAUCUAUAUGUGAUGUUACAUCCAAUGGGUCACCCCUUUUAAUGAGCGGUGUUUGACCGUGUUCUGAGGCUGGGGUCUGGUUGAUUGUGAUACAUUGGAGAAGUCAACAGAGUGGUGGUUUGACCAAACAACUGGAUUUACAGUUACUGGUGACAUUUCUAGUCCAGACUGGAACAGUAGAUCAAGUGUGUGUCCUUUUCUGUGGGUGGAAGUGGCGACUAUUUGUGUGAAGCCGAGUGCAUUCAUCAAGCUGAGGAGAUCUUGCCCAAAUAGGGAUAGGGUGUCAUCAAUCCAAGCGUUGAAGUCUCAUUAAAAAGCCAUCUGGGGUGUUCAAUGAUUAAGCCAGCCAAAAGGUCUGAGAGUUCCUGAAGAAAUCUUUUCCCAUCUCCUGGGGGUCUGUAUAUUAACAGUAUCCGGAAUCCUCUAUCUAUUAAGAGCCUGGCAGCUACACAUUCAAAAGAUUGGGGUUUGUGGACUUUUAUUGGUCUGGGAUUUAAGGAUGAUUUCACACAGAUCAUAACUCCACCUCCCUUGCGAUAUUGUCUCAGGCGGUGGAACACCGUGUAAUUGGCUGGAAUAGCUACCUCUAGAAUAGGCCCCGCAUUUUCAUCUAGCCAUGAUUCUGUAAUGCACACUAACUCGCAUAUUUUAAUAAGGUCGGUAAUAAUAGCUGUUUUGUUCCUUAUCGAUCUGGCAUUGCACAGGAUUGAUCUGAUAGGAUGGACAGUCUUGGGAUUCUGAGUUUUUGCUCUGUACUUUGGAAACAGUGUGUCUUCUAAUGGGGAUCACACAAAGAGGUUUCCUUGAUUUGCGUUUUUUGUGGCUUCUAGGUUGAAUCACUUCAAUUAGGCUUGCAGGUAGACAGUGUGGUGACGCGCCUGUGAUAGUCAGGAGGAUAUACAACUUUAAGUUUUGAUUUUCCUCCACUACAGCCCCUUUCAGUCCCUUUGAAGAUGCCAAGUGAUUUUAGGGUAACCACUAGCGAGAGACUGCUUUUUGGGGUCUUAGGGAAUAGAGAUAUGAGGGAGUAUAGCAGCAGUGAAGGCGUUAAAAUUGCUUGUAGUUUUUGUAGGGAUGUUAGCAGUGGGGGCUGGUUACAUUGCCUUGCUCUAUAGGAUUCAGGCCAGAGCGAGGUAUGAGAUUUUGCACUUCUGGUUGCAUUGUAGAUAACAGAUAAGAGCGCAUGCAUGCAGGUCAGAUUACAGCAAUUCAAAAUCAAUGUGUUUUAGUGAAAUAGUUUUCAUCAAUUAGUUUUCUUGGUGUUUAGAAAUGAAAUCUGAGCAUUGCCGAAUGGACGAUCAAAUUCAAAACCCAAUUUUACAAAUGUUAUGAGUCGUUUUGUUAGUUUAAAUGUACCUUGUUUGUGGUGUUCAGUUGAAGGUAUCUCUUCCUGGUGGUAAGAUGGUCCAGUGGAAGUAUAUUUCAAUCCGUUGUGUAUCUCUGUUUAGUAAUGCCAUCCGUGCAAUUGUGGUAAAUCCAGUUGUGUGAUAUGUGGAGUCAAUAUUGGCCCUUGAAAUAUUUCUGAUGAAUUAUGAGUGUAAGGAGGUUAAAAUUAAGAUAAUUCCUGGAGAGGUCAGGAGCAUGAAAAAAGUGUGGCAGCCAGCAAGGGCGCCUGUUAUAUAAAUAUCUUAGAUCUUAUGAACUGCAGCCCUUUUCCCUGUAAGAGACUUACAGUCUCUUCACAGGGAAAUAUCCAAUCCGAGGCUUCUCAUUGAGCACAUGCUGUUUGAUUGACAGCCAGAGGGCUGUUGCCUAGCAAAUUUAUAAAAGUGCAUGUUUCUCUUAGAAAUCAGCACUUUUACAAACUUUGGUUAAACCAGGCUACUUCUCACCCAAGAAGCAAUUUAGCAUGCUGAAGUGCUGGGUGUGGAGUGGUCCUUUAAAUGUGUUAUUUUUUGUUAAUUUAAAGUGAAUUUAAAUUUGUCACCAAAAUAUCUGGAAUGAAAGCAUAACUGUCUUCAAUUAGAGAAUGUUUCAAAUUCAGCUAUUUUGGACAAAAACUUAAAGUUUCAAUAUGAAUGCUUGACAGGUCACACUAAAGCUAAAAAUCCUGUGUUUCAAAUUUUUAAAUAAUACAAUAUAUUAUUGGAAUUGUUCUUCUUUUAAUUCUGAAUCUUUGCUUUAAAUUAUUGGCUUGUGUCUAGGAAUGGUAUGUGUUAGCAGGCCUCGUUUGCUUUUUCAUUCUCGAGUGAGAUAUUUAUGGAAGACAAACACUCCAGAGCUGCAGAUCAGACCAAGGAAUGUCCUGCUUUAAUAUUUAUGCAUUUAUUUGAAUGAAUUCCAUGCAAGUCUUUGCUUUGUGUAUAACAGUGCUCAUACAAAAAUAAACGUGCUUUCCUUUCAGUCUUUUUAUUCUUCCAUCGUGGAUAUGUGCGAGAAUGGUGGGAAACGGCCGAUGUCCUCCAUUAAUAUCGGAUUCACCAAAGAGCAAGCCGACACAAUUCGCAGAAUCCGUAGUAGCAAGGACAGCUGGGACAUGCUAGGUGUCAAGCCUGGGGCCACUAGGUAAUAACUGCUUUCAACAUCUUCCAUUUUGUUUUACCAGCAUAAAAUCAUUGGUUCUAUAAUUACAUUUUAUAUACCUUGUGCUUCACGUGGAUAAAUAGAGUUUAGCAAGCUGCACACUGGCAUUUAUUAAGAAAAAUCUAUACAUUUUAUAUUGUUUGAUCGGUUUUUUUUUCAGUAUUGAUAGAUCCUUCUUAAACAAUGGUACUAAUAUAGCCUUUUCUUUACACGUUAUACUCUAGUGUGUUAUUACCUAGGACAGCAGUGUUGAUGUUAAUCCAUGUUGGUUUAAAGCAGGUAUAUGUCAGAAUUCAUCAUUUACAGAACAAUAUGCUGUCUGUUAUAAGGAGUAAUGUAACUUCACUUUUAAUAAUUCGUCUGUAGUUCAUUACAUACGAUCAGGCUGUACUCCCUCUAGUAAUGUGCUCUUUGGCACUUACUGUUGAUGAGAUGUUUGCAUGUAGGUGUGUAGUGUUCUUGACCCUCUCCUCUGACACCCAGAAGGAAAACCAACAAACAGCUUGGCAACAAAAUAGACCAUAGUCUUGUGUUUACCUGCCACCGUAAUUCAGUUUAUUGAUUUGAUGUUUAACUUGAUAGCCAGAUUUCUUCCACCUAAAUCCACAUAGAUUAAGGAAAAACAACCUUUAUUCUUAUUUGACAUCAUGGCUCAGACAUGCAGGGGGAAGCAUCGGAUUAACUCUGACGCGUUUCACAGAACCAGCUUGUGCUUCCCCCUGGAUAAAGGCAUUUUUAAUUGAUGUGCAUUUAUCUAGAGCAAAUUUUGAUGCCUCCAGCUAUUUGUUUUUUCCUCUUGAAUUGAUCUGGACUAGUUUUAGGUAAAGUCAUAGAUCAAUCUCUACAAACUGUAUUUGCUUUCCCGCAAAAAUGUUCUGAAAAAUAUAUUUACACCAUGUUAUGUCUCCUAGGGAUGAAGUCAAUAAAGCGUACCGUAAAUUAGCCGUUCUCCUUCAUCCGGAUAAGUGUGUGGCUCCUGGAAGCGAAGAUGCCUUUAAGGCAGUUGUCAAUGCUCGGACAGCCUUGCUGAAGAACAUUAAGUAACGCAUUGUCAAUUCAAAGCCACGCAUACCCACCUUGGUUCUCGACUACAAAUUCUCUGCUUGCAGAUGCCAAAGCACAUAGAUGGCCAUUCACCAAUGGCAUGUCAUUUGGCCAUAGACAUAAGCAAAUACAAGUGAGGUUAAUCAGCGGACAUUUCUAAAUCUGUAUUGUUUUUAUGUCCACGAGAUGGCUUUAAUCCCUAAAUCAACUCAGCAAAUUGAGACCGCUGAUCUCUGCAGACUUAAUACAGCACUACUGACCUACUAAACAAGACUAUUGCAACAUUCAUGUUCUGGAAUGAGUCCAUUGGGGUUAGACAUUGAACAUGAGUGUGGGUCGAAGUUCUAAAAGUGAACACUCUCCAUAAAAACCAGUGAAAUGUUACUGCUGACACCACUGGUUUCUAUGGAGAUUACUCUAUUUUUACAACUUUGCCUCAAAAUGUAGCUAUUUUACACUUUUAUACCUCUCCCUUCAGUGUUUUUAUUCUUGUCACACUUUUUAUUGCAUGCAGGCAGGAUGUUAGAUGUUGGCAAGCACACGAUGCCUGUGUGUAUAUAUGCACACUUUUCUAGUAUUAAUGUUUUUAUUUUUUGGAAUAGAAAAAAGUUGGUUCAAGCACAAGUAGUUGGCUAAUUGUAUAUGUUACAGUUCAUCUGCUGCAUGCCAUGUUGGAUAUCUUGCAACUACAUUUAUGUGGAGCCCAUAUUGGGGAAGUUUAAAUAUGGUACUAUAGACAGGCAGCCAUUUUGUUUUACCCAAACAGGGAUUUAAGUCGUUUAAAAAGGCUUUGUCCCAUAAACUGUGUUUAGAUGCUAAUGCUUUAGAUUGAGCCUAUAUAGUGGUAGUCCAGCCUUGCCCUUUCUUAUAUUGAUCUACAUAUCCCAUAAUUCUCUCACCGCCUCUUAGUUAAAAAAAUAUUAUUAAAACAUUAUUCUUAUAUCUGCCUAUAUCUGCUAUUAAAAUGUUACUGUGGCAAAACGUUACACGUCAUAUAUGGAAGUUGCAGAGGAUGUUGCCAAAUAUUUGGACAUUGUUUUUUUCUUACGUACUGUUAUUUAUCUUUGCAAUUCUGUUUGUACAAUGUGUAUGUCCGUUUUUAUUUAUUUUGGUUUUAUGUUCUACACCUUAUGUACAUCUUGCAGAAAAUAAUCACAUUUUGAGCAAAAAUCAUGUAAUUGAUGUUUUGCUCAAAAAAUAUUUACAUCUUGUACCUAUUUCUGUGCUGUGCUUUUUACUUAAAACUUGAUAAUGAUUUCUUGAUAUUUAGAGUUCACUCUCGCUUUCAAAAAUAUAAUUAUUUAUUUAUUUAUUUUACUCAAACAAUUUGAUUAUAAGUUCAGUAAAUCACCCACACGAUCUCUUACAGCUCUGAGAUAUAGUGAAGGUGAUAGGACACACAGCUGAGUCGAUAAAUGUGAGUGUAAAAUGUCUGCUCCACCUCACACAUUGGCCACUAAUCACUAGUUACUGUGCCCCCAGCUCCGCUCUACAGAAUGUCUCCAUUAUUUUUCCGCUGCUCCCACUAUUACACUAUUGAGGCUGCAUGUUCUUCUUCAUACAGGAGUCAACAUCUGAAGCCAUUAGCAAAAUGGCUGCUGACUUGUGCAAUCAUUUCUAUCUGUACCCAAGCCAACAACAUGGACAGAUCAUCCAAAAAAAACUCCAAGUGUGAGCAAAAAUGUAAAUUUCCAAGUAACUAAACUACUCAAGAUAUUAACUACAAGAUGUUAGUCGCAAUCAAAUAUGCCUCAUGCAAUUGAAAAAGCAUGCAACAUAGAAAGUCCUCCCUUUUACUACAAGAUGUAAAUCGGGCUGACUAAUUAUAGGCUGUGAAUGGAAAAACAAACUAACUUAUUUGUUUUAUGUGACUUAUUUUUAUACAUUUCUUUAGUAUUUAAAGAGAAAAUGUUACGUUUCUAUUUUAUAUGUAUUUUGUGUUUUGUGAGAAAUGAAUUUGUUUUGCCAUGACGGAAUUGUUUGUUGGAAUACAUUUAUGCACAUACUCAAUUAUUAUGCACAAUAAAUCACAGGUUUAUUAAAACUUCUGUUUUUUUCCAUGAAAGUACUGGAGAUAAGCUCAGCUGCUGAAUAUACAAAUAGAAGACAUAGUAAAGGAGUGUAUGCUACAUUUUAAAAGUUAUUUUUGUUUCUGAUAAUAUGUCUCUAACUUCCAUUUACUUCACCGUUGUGAUUGUUUUUUAAAGAUAGCACUUGGGG